ACCUCACAAUUAAAAAAAUCUUUUCAUGUUGUAAAAACUAAAAUUGUUAAGGAUGAUGUCUUUGAAAUACAAAAAAAUGUAAAAGAUUGGUGCGAUGUUGAAAAUUUGGAUUUAGUAGUAACUACUGGUGGUACUGGUUUUGGUGUUCGUGACGUAACUCCUGAAGCUGUUCAACCACUAUUUGAAAAAUCAU